AUGGGUGCAUUUGAAGACCCCGAUAUUAUACAUGUUGAUGACUCUGUGGAUCCCGAUAUUGAGUUCAUGGAAAGAAGGAUUGAAGAUCUUGAAAAGAGCAUGAAGAGGAGAAAUGACAAACAGUUAAAAAUAGAGCUUAAAGUGUGUUUGAAGGUCAAAACCUGGCUUGAGAGUGAGAAAGAUAUCAGGUUAGGGGACUGGAAAGCCGCUGAAAUUGAAAUCUUGAAUACUUUUCAAUUGCUCACCGCAAAACCUGUUGUUUAUUUGGUUAAUAUGAACGAGAAAGAUUAUCAGAGAAAAAAGAACAAGUUCCUUCCUAAAAUCCAUGCUUAG